GCCCCUCUUCUGCUUCUACAUUUCCCUAGAAACACGAUGGCCAGGGGUUUGCCCGAAAAAGAAGAAAGAGAGGCUAGGGAGUCUUGACUUCAACUAGCAAUCGAGCAUGACGAUAUUGAUUUGCUACAUAACUCAAAUGUGGAGGAGCAAGAGCUCUUAGAUCACGUAUCUAAGGACCCCUUCCGAAAUACUCCACUACACAUCGCCGCGGCUGAAGGAAAAUUCGAGGUUGCCAUGGAGAUGUACAUCUUGUGGCCAAAGUUCGCUCGGAAGCUAAAUCUAGAGGGGUAUAGCCCCAUGCACUUGGCUUUGCAACAUAAGCAGUACUCAAUUGUGAGGGCACUAAUGACCCUUGAUCCUGAGUUAAUCCGAGUUCGAGGACGAUGUGGAAUCACCCCUUUGCAUUACAUCGCCGAUGAAGCAAAAGACAAUGAGGUGGAGCUCCUAGCCGAAUUCCUUUGCACUUGCAAAUCAUCCAUUGAAGAUUUGACGAGUCGAUGUGAGACUGCAGUUCACGUUGCCGUCAAAAAACACAACAGCAAAGCAUUCGAUGUUUUGCUAGGAUGGCUUAAGCACGUUCGUCUGACAGAAAUCUUGGACUGGAAAGAUAAAGAUGGUAAUACCGUCUUACAUGUUGCUGCGUCCAAAGAGCCGCAACAUGAGAUCAUCAAGCUAUUAAGUCCGUGGACGGAUGUACAAGCGAAGAACUCCCUUGGUGAGACCGCUCUGGAUAUCUUCCAAAAGAAUUCUAGGAACGAUCAAGAUGUUAUGAAGAGGCUACGCCCUCCAAGACUAGUGCCCAGAUUUUCAUAUGCUCCCCUCUCUCUAUCCCAGCUUAUCACCAAGAAACUAUUUUUCCUUGACAUGUUGGAACACAUUUUCUAUGUCCAAGAUGAAUCCGCUCGCAACGUAAUCCUUGUAGUGUCCACCUUAAUGGCGACCGCCACUUACCAAGCCGCUCUUAGUCCUCCGGGAGGAUACUGGCAGGAUUCUUCUUCAAAUUCUCCGACCUACUCCACUGUUGUCACCGCCAAUUCCACUGAAAUUGCUAAUGGAAAGCCACAUCAAGCUGGAAAGAUGAUCCUCAGCGGCUCACGUCUAUACGUAUUCACUUUACUCAACAGCUUGACUUUUCUCAUCUCCAGCUGCAUAAUCAUAGUCACCGCUGUUCCGCUGCUUCCUGACACUGCUACGACUUGCUUAUCAAUGUUUAUUCUCGCCGCCAACUAUUUUUUAUCCCUUGCAAUGGGAUUCCAGAACUCCAAUGAUGUUGGACUAAAUUUGAUAGGGGGUUUUUUCAUGGUGGCAAUGUACUUCUUCUUAGGAUUAUCCGCUUUGAUACAGAAAAAGCACUUCCAAGUCCGACGACAAAUCAAUGCCACAAGGAGACGUGUCGGCAACUUCUGAAGAUCGGAGGAUCAGAGAUAA